AGCAUCCAUUUCCUUAUGGAUAGUGGUGGGUGGAGGUUGGCUGGAUAACCGCUUUCCCAAAACAACAAACGAUUCAGGUAGGACACGUGAUUAUCCGUUUCAAGGUCUGACCACUUUUUCAUUGUCGCUAAUACGCAUUCCAAUUACUUUUGCCCUGUUGCUUGAGACAGAGCAUGCCGUUUUCCUCGUGAGCCGAGAAAAAAAGUGAAAGAACAGUUAAAAACAACCUUAGGAUAUCAGCGUCCAGUUAAGUGGAAUGACUCUUGAAGACUUCACGUUGACAUUUGGAGUGGAUAUUAUUUUGAGGCGAAACAUGGGAAGUUAAAGGACUUCGUUUAUUAAAGGAGCUUCUUCUACUGGUGGAAAUAAAAUGGUGCGAUUGCAUUUUGACGUGGGCUGUGCGCUCUUAAGAAACCCCAAAGAAACAGACAUACGCCGUAGAAGCAUGGCAUCCCUGUACGAAAACAAAGCCACUGUGGUCAUCGCCGUCGUCCUUUUGUUGUAUUUUCUAUGGAUGGACAUAGCUCUAUUUUACCAUGUCAAUAACAGAACAAUCGAACAUAAGAACGCUGGGGAGACAAGUCCAGCGCCCAGCACUCCGGUCAGUGUUCCUCACCUGAUAUCGCCCUUCACCGGUCUCUCUGUCAAGAUGAUGAUGAUGGAUCCGGUCAACAACUACAUUUUUACGCCUGCAGCUCUCAUCUUCAACGAAGUGACGAAAUUCAGCACAAUUUUCUAUUUCAUCACUCCUAACAUGGUGAGCUUCAUUGGCAUACUGUUCGCCAUCGGUGGUGGCAAGUGCAUGUGUCUAGAUUCCCGCAUCUACCACUGCUUGGCCAUUUUUCUUUUCCAAAUUCGUACCUUCUGCGAUGCCUUGGACGGCAUCGUCGCAAGGUGUCGCAUUGGCAUGAUCCAACACGUCUCGCUGAGAAACACCAGCGGCUACGUUGUGGAUGGAGUCGCAGAUGCUCUGGGAUUUACAGCCUUCCUUAUUGGCUGCUUUCAGUACCUUCGUACAGUGGUUCCUAAGCAUAAAUACUACUUACCUCUGAGUACAAACGAGACCUGCAAAGAGUGCAAAGACAGUAAUUCGAACGGCGGAAGUCCUCAAAAUAACCUCAUCUCCAACGCAAGCACGCAGAGACGAGUGUUUUAUGUUGUACUCUGCUUUGGUUUGCAAAUGGCGAUUGGUGCCUUUUUCUGGGACCAUUACAUCAACGCUUACCAUAACUUGUUAGAGACGAAUGCGCCAACUGAAGCCCAGACAGCUGCUCAAAACGACGUUCUACGGUCUUCAAUCACAUGGAUACUGAUGUGGUUCUGGAGAUUGUCCAAUGCACAUACAUUCAUUCAAUUCCUUUUAUUUGCCAUAUAUAUUAAUAAAUUGUGGGAAUUUUUAACGUGGAUACAAUUUGUUGGAUUUGCUCAAAUUUUCACUUUAGCGUUUUUCACAGAAAUGCAUCUAUCGACGGUUCGCAGCUACAUCAUGGGCUUCAGUUGAUUGCUUGCUUUGUAAUUGCCUCCGUCCUUCAUCAGAAGAUCUUCCAACUCUCAUUUCUAUGAGAACUGCAGAGGAAAAGUUAAACGAGUACACGAAAUGGAAAAUAAACGCAACCUUCACAGAUGUUUAUAAGUUAAAUGAAGGAGCAUACAUGGACAAAUAAAUCAACAAGUUUCCUUUUUUCAAAUGUAAAAACUUUCAUCUCCGAUUUGUUGCAAUCAGAUGAUCAAUCAACUAAAAAGACUGAAUCAUGUACCAUGUAUUGUAUUUUGCAUUCUAGAUUUAAACUAUUGUUUGAAUUACAAAUAGUGCCUUUUUAUAAUGUCAGGAGCUUGUUCCUACUGCAGUGUGUUUUAUGUUUUGUAUUUAGUGUAAAGAAAAAAAUAUUUGCUAGUGUAACUAUAUUAAAAUAGUGCACGAGAGUAAUUUUUUUUAAAUAUGUAAAAGUGCUGUAAAUUUUUCGCAGUCAAGCAUUUUUUCUUAUUAUUUUUUUACUGGUCAAGUAGGGUACUGCGUUUUUUCGACAGAUUGCACAUUUCUAUGCCUGAUUUUUUUUAAACAAUGGAACUGUAUAUUUUUGUCAAAAAUUAUACUGUGUUAAUUUUUGAUGCUUUUGUAUUAAUCAAUUGUUGUCUUCCACGUUGAAUAUAAUAGUUUUUAUGGUGAACAAUUAUUAAUUCGAGCUUUAUAACUAGAAUAAAUGCCUUGAAGUAUACCUGUAUUUUCACUUUAAAUUAAUACAAUAUAAGUUUGUAAAUCUUUUAGUCUAUAAAAAAUAAAUUGUUGCUAUGUUUGAAUCUGCAUUAUGAAAAGUUUUACAACAAAUAUCUUAAUAAUUUAAAUUUCUUAAAAUUGUUUCUUAUUGCACUUGAUUGUUAGAACUUACACAAUUUUUAGUUCAAAUAACUUAAAACUUGCGUUCACAUUUUAUAUAUUUUUAUUAUAUGAUAUUUAAAAGGAUCAAAUUUUGUAUUCAUUCAGUGAUUUAAUCAUGUAGUCAAAAUAUAAUCCAAAUUUGGGCAUGAUAUAAAUGAUCACAAUAGUAUUAUAUUAGGAAUUGAUAUUAAAUAUAUUAAGUAUUAUAAUAUGAUUUCAAAUAUUAUUUUGAUUCAUUUUCGAUUUAUGCAGAUUUUUCUUUUUUUUAAAAAAUUAUUAGCUUGUUAAAAUUGAAGAUUGUAUUAUAAACGAACAAGCAAAGUUUUUAAUAUUAUUCUUUAGGCAUUUUAAAUAGAUGGCAACAUUAUUGAAAUUUUGUACACAAGAAAAAUCCUAACUUGUAACUAAAAUAUUAAUUUAAAUAUAUAUUUUGUCAAAGAUGCAUUUUUCAAUAUAUUAGAUAUAAAUUUAAAUUUCUCUUGUGAAGAAAUUUUUUUAUCAUUAUCAUGAUAGAAAUGUAAGCGAAUUUGUCGGAUAUGGACACAAUAAAAUUGUAUGUUGUGCUUCUUGCAAGUCUCA